CUAUUUGACCUCGUAACGUCCGACUCUGCGACAAUCUCUCGUACAAAAUCUCUUAUAUAUGCAACCACAAACAGAAGUGCAAGGAAUCCAAAUCCAAACAAGCAGCGAUGAAACCACUUCUUCUCAUUUUUCUCUACCUUUUCUCUCUUUCCUUGCACACAACAACAACAUCAUCAGCAUCAGCUGCAACAGAAGCAGAAGCUCUCAUCAAAUGGAAAACCAGCCUAACGUUCCAUUCUCUCAAUUCAUGGUCCAUUGCCAACACCACCCAUCUCUGCCGUUGGAUCGGCAUCCGCUGCGACAACAAAUCUUCCACCGUCCUUGAAAUAAACCUCCCCAAAUCCAGUCUCACUGGCAUGCUCGAUGAAUUCGACUUCGCUUCGCUACCCAACCUCACCCGCCUCGACCUCAAUUUAAACAACCUGCAUGGUGUGAUCCCAUCCAACAUCUCUGCUCUUUCCAAACUCACCUACUUGGAUCUCAGCAGCAACAACUUCUCUGGACAAGUCCCACCAGGUAUAGGAACCCUAUCGGAGCUCCUCGAACUCCAUCUCUUCAACAACAUCCUCACAAGCCCCAUCCCGCACCAGCUUCUCAGCCUCCAAAAGUUACGGCAUCUCGACCUCGGAUCAAACUACUUAGAGCCCCCAGAUGCUUCGAAGGUUCCGAACAUGCCUUCUCUGACACACCUUUUGCUCGACGACAACAAGAUGGCGUCUGAAUUCCCACCGUUCAUUCUCAGUUGCAGGAAUCUAACAUUCCUUUCUCUUUCACGAAAUCAUCUAACGGGUAACAUCCCCUCCGAGCUCGGCUUCUGUACUAACCUUGCCUUCUUAGAUCUCUCUUUUAACAACCUCACGGGCAUCUUACCUCCUUCUCUGUCCAAUCUAACCAAGAUAUCCCAGCUCGGGAUCUCAAGCAAUAAGCUCUCAGGCGAGAUUUCACCGUACUUAAUCACCAAUUGGACGGAGCUGGUCUCAUUGCAGUUACAGAUCAAUGAACUAAAUGGAAGGAUCCCGCCUGAGAUCGGCGGAUUGUCUAAGCUCAAAAUCCUUUACCUCUAUCAGAAUAAGCUUUCAGGUCCGAUCCCGCAUGAGGUGGGGAACUUAAAGAACUUGUUAAAUUUAGACCUUUCCGAGAACACAAUUACCGGUCAGAUCCCACCAAAUUUAGGAAACCUACAACAGCUCAAUUCCUUGGUUCUCUUCUCCAACAAUCUCAGAGGAAAUUUCCCGCCUGAGAUAGGAAACAUCACUUCCCUACGAGUACUCGAUCUUACCAACAAUCAGUUGCAAGGCGAGCUGCCGAAAAACAUCUCAUUCCUCAAAAACCUUCAGCUCUUCUACAUCCACGACAACAACUUCUCCGGCAGCAUUCCGGAAGAUUUCGGGCAGAACAGUGUCCUGGUCAAUGUCAGCUUCGCCAACAACUUCUCCGGCAAAUUGCCACCAUCGAUAUGCAGGGGACUCUCCCUCGUGUAUUUCACGGUGAAUCGAAAUAAAUUUUCAGGCCCAUUGCCAGAUUGCUUACGAAAUUGUUCGGAUUUAGUCAGAGUGCGGUUGGAAAGGAACCGUUUUACAGGGGACAUCUCAAAGGCAUUUGGAGUCCAUCCGAAACUGGUGUACAUCGAUCUCACCGGGAAUCAGUUCACAGGCGAGCUUUCACCUGACUGGGGAGAAUGUAGCGCGCUCACUAAGUUGCAUAUAGCAGAAAACAGAAUUUCAGGCAGAAUUCCAAGAGAGCUCAGGAACCUUAGUCAACUGCAAGAUCUGAGCCUGUCCUCAAAUCGCUUGACAGGAACCAUCCCUCCAGAACUGGGUAACUUGAGUAUGCUAUUCAAGCUUAAUUUGAGCAACAACCAGAUAUUAGGCAAUAUCCCUUCCAAGAUUGCCGACUUAUCUGAGCUCCGUGAUCUCGAUUUGUCAGCAAACAUGAUUACUGGCAGUAUUCCUGAAAACCUUGGAAAUUUCAUUCGCUUAAUUAAUCUGAAUUUAAGCCAUAACCGAUUAUCAGGAGAGAUACCGUUUCAGCUCGGCAAUUUGGUUUCUUUGCAGUUACUUCUAGACCUCAGCAGCAAUUUGCUAUCUGGGGCGAUCCCUCAGAGCUUGGGGAAGCUAACAUCACUCGAAAAGCUGAAUCUCUCUCGUAACAAUCUCUGGGGCAGAAUUCCAUCGGCGUUGUCUGGGAUGAUUAGUCUACAAUCUGUCGACUUGUCAUAUAACAAGUUAGCGGGUCCCAUCCCAGCCACACAAGCAUUCCAAAAUGCUUCAUCAGACGCAUUCAUUGGGAACUCGGGCUUAUGCGGUAAUGAUGCCAAAGGACUGCCCCCUUGUUCUACUACUUCCACCGGCAGUCGGAAACAGAAGAAUCAGAAGAAGAUCAUCAUACUCGUCGCUGUCCCAGUUGCCGCCAUUACAUUACUAGCUACUGCCAUCUUAGUACUCCUACUUCUAAAUAGGAAACCAGUGCAAUCAAUGGCCGAGAUCGAAAGCCCCAAUGAAGAGACAACCCAAGUCUCGAUUUGGGAAAGAGAAGGCCGAUUCAAUUUCAAUGACAUCGUAAAAUCAACUAAUCACUUCGACGAGCGUUACUGCAUUGGGAGAGGUGGGUUCGGGAGUGUCUACAAAGCAGAGUUGCCAACGGGCCAGAUCGUUGCGGUGAAACGGCUCCACAUGUCGGACUCAGGCGACAUCCCGGCCUAUAACAUGAGGAGCUUUGAGAAUGAGAUCCGAGCAUUGACAGAAAUCAGGCACCGGAACAUUGUCAAACUGUACGGCUUCUGUUCGAGCAACGAGCGCAUGUACUUGGUGUAUGAGUAUGUGGAGAAGGGUAGUUUGGGAAAAGUGCUAUACGGAGAGGAAGGGAGUGGGAAGUUGGAUUGGGUGACGAGGGUGAAAGUUAUCCAAGGGCUGGCGAACGCUCUCUCCUACCUGCACCAUGACUGCUCGCCUGCUAUUGUGCACCGGGACAUAUCGGUAAAUAACGUGUUGUUGGAGGCUGGAUAUGAGCCUCGGGUAUCCGAUUUCGGAACUGCGAGGCUGCUGCGCGCUGACUCGUCCAACUGGACUACUGCUGCCGGGUCUUAUGGCUACAUGGCCCCAGAGCUUGCUUACACUAUGAAGGUUAGAGAGAAAUGCGAUGUAUAUAGUUUUGGUGUGGUAGCACUGGAGGUUUUGAUGGGUGCACACCCAGGGGAGCUCAUCACCUCCCUAUCGUCAUCAUCAACAUCGUCUAGUGGCCAAGCUGUGAUAUUGAAAGAUGUACUGGAUCAACGUCUCCCGCCCCCGACUGGCCAGUUGGCAGAGGAGGUGGUCUUCACAGUUAAGAUGGCCCUUGCAUGCACGAAGGCCGACCCUGAGUCACGGCCCGCAAUGCGUCUCGUGGCGCAAGAGAUGUCUGCUCGCACCCAGGCGUAUCUAUCUGAGCCCUUCCGCAACAUUACCUUGAGCGAGCUGGCCAGCUUGCAUAAGUAAGCCUGCAAACUCUCUUGGGUGCAAAGAUAGAAAAUCCGUAACGUUACACCGUACUGAGUAAACUCUGUAGGGCCCACUGUGAUUUAUAUAUUUUAUCCACUCCGUCUAUACCUUUUACUAGAUAAUUUUAUGGCUUGAGAGGGAAAAA